GGAAAAUGAAUGUUAUAAAAGAAGUGGUAAAUUGGAACAGCGACCAGUUUCCAAUCCGUUUGAUAUUGAAAAAGAACAAUGGAGUCAAAACAACCCACAAAAGCGCCAUCGCCGUUGGAAAUAACGGUGAAAGCCCUAGCAACGGCGAUGGUGAGGGGGCGACCGAGUUUAGUCAUCUGAAAAUAAUCGCAGUUAGGGCGGAGUUGGGGGAGAAGACUCCGCCGCACCAAUUCAAUGCCCUAGGAUCAGUCCUAGGGCAUAGAAUUUUUUACACGGUGGAGACUGAAGCGGCGGAGCCCAUCACUUGUUGGAUAGUGAGGUUUUGA